AUGGACUUUUGGUCACGCUUAAUAGCGGGCACCUCCCUUGCCCCGGGGGGGAACAAGGCUGCAUCCCAUAAUCCGGAGAAGCGUCUGGCACGCUUCAAGCGGGAAUACAGCAAGUUAUUGCAAGUAUGGCGUGGAGCGUCAAAUCUAUCCAGAGAUUACGAAGCCUCCGAGAGCAUACGAGAUAGCCUUCAGGAGCUCACCACAAUCCUCAGCGAUGAAUCGAGACGGCCGUUACCACAUCCAUGCAUUGUAUUUGCAUCCUCGAAGCAGAUUUUUAUUCCAAUAGGCAAGAUCGCCACGACAUCAUACAAUGAAGGGAUCAUUCGAGAAGGGGUGGCAUUUUUCGCUACAUUGAUCGAUAGCGAGGAGGAGGAUUUCGUGGAGAACGAAGUCUUUUCAAGUAAUAUGAUGAACUUGUUGGUCAGGAUUACUGGGGCGAAUAGCAUACGCCUGACGUUAGAAACGGAGGUUGAAGUCGUGGAGCUAGCUUUCAACAUCACUACCAAGAUCAGGCUUGAUCCCGAGAUUCUGCCUGCUUGGUUCACGGCACAACAGCGAAGUGAUACCGCGGAUGAUAGCCAAGAUGCCCACGAGAAGUUUACGGGCAAGACACACAAGGAGGACUUCCCGUUGUUCUACCUUCUGAUAGAUUAUAUACACCAUGAAGGACGGAUUGGAGACUUCGCGAGAACUGGCCUCCUUUAUAUCAUCGAAGCUGCCUCAAAUUCCGUGGCUUUGGAGCAGUGGAUAGUUGAGAGUGAUCUUGCUACCCUUAUGGCAACUGGGCUGGGGGCUUUAUACAGCCAGUUAAGUCGCAAGCUUGUCAUCGACUUUCCUGCGGAUGAAUUACCUCCUAUUCUAGCACUGUCAGAUUACCAACACCCCGCGACGACAUCCGAGAUCGUCAGCUCAGGUUCGCUAGAAUUUCAAGGCCAUAUGGAGACGUUUCUGUCACAUUUGGUGUUUUGGCAGGAUGUUUUGAAUCAUUGCAAGUCUGUUGAAGUUAAGCAAACACUUCUAGAGCACUUUCAGAUCAUAUUUCUCCAACAAUUAUUAUAUCCCUCCCUGCUCGAGUCAUCUGAUGUUGACGGUGGUUCGUCUGUGGCUGUUCUGACGUAUCUCCGCCGAAUACUCGAAUCUCUCGACCAUCCGGAUAUGAUCCAUCUUAUUCUGCACUAUCUCCUUGCCUUGCCUGAUGUAACUCCCGCGCCAUCUGGAUCUCGUGCAUCUGUUAGCGCUGCUAGGAAGAGGAAGUCGAUGGAUCUCGCAACGAUGAUGGCUACUCAGAUAGAGGAGUUUUCAUCAACACCAGCGCUCUUCAACCUUGUUGAUUUGAUCCAAGCAAGUCUUCAAUCCGAAAGUCAUCAGACUAUAUCCGUCACACUACAGCUAGUUUCAGUGAUUCUGAGGCGGCAUCACCGGUAUGCUGUGACCACUCUUUUGUGGACCAGCCAGGUACUCUCAGAAGGGCCACAGAGGCCAAUUGGCGCGCACGACAAGGAAAUAGACUUCCUACUCGGUUUAGCCGGAAGUCUAGGAGGAGACGAUAACUUUGAUGAGAUUUACGAAAAUCAUAUCAAGGAUGUCAUGGCAGUAUUAGAAAGUCAUCCAUGCUCGAUAACACUGGUAGUACCGAAAUCCACAGGGGGGGCUGUGAAAUCUCCGGGAACGCAAGGGUCUAUUCCUGGUGCUCCUCGUGAUAUUCGGGCGCAUACGCUGAGGCCCGAAGACCCAAUGCUGAAGACUCUGCUUGGGAUAUUGGCAACCUUUUUCACCAACUCAGUGGAAACAAAUUUAUCACUCACAGCAGCCAUCGUUGAUUUGGCUACUUGCGGGUUUAUGCGCAUAGAUGGUUGGCUGCUCCCGGAUCCGUCGAAAUACGUCUAUGAAGAAGACGAAGACAUUUUAGAGGACCCUCACUUCAUCGAUUCAGGCGAUCCCAUCGAAAUCCAAGAGAAAGCUCAAAUUCGGGCUCUAAAGAAGAUGCGACGAACGCCCUUGUGGACCGAGUCAAACUUCCCCGCCUUCAUCACACAAUUAGAAACUCUAACCGACCAAGUAUCAACCUACCGUUUCGAAAUACCACGUUUCGAGGAGCUCCUUCAACAACGCCGCGAAGCCUUCCAAGCGGCAUCAUCAGCAACCUCAACACCUAUCCCAGUUCGUCACCCCCCGCGCUCCAGUUUCGAAUCGCCCUCCCGCUCCGUUUCACCCCCGCGGAAAUCAGGCUUCGAUACCCUCGCCCAACGAAUAUUCCCGGAACUCGCCACUCCAUCUCGUUCCAACUCCCCCCGUGGCCGCCGAAGUCAGGACCAGCCACGUAGUAAUAGCAAUGCUCUUAGCGGCGGCUAUGGCCUGGCAACUCCUACAAGCUCACGAAACCCAGCUGCCCCUCCGCAAUUCCCUAUGGGCAGGGAAACGCCUUCUCGUGAUAGCUCGCGCGCUUUCUCCUCCAGCCCUUUGCGUGAUUCCUCGAGAGGCCACGAGGUACCCGCCAGUCAGGCAGCAGCGUUCGCAGCUAUAGACCAAAGCAUCCUUGUAAGGAAAGUGGGAUUACCGCCUGCUAAAGGCGAGGUGGCGCCUGUUCCAUUUCCUAAUUUAAGGCGCGGUGACAUCGACGCGGAUGCGAGUGCCCAAGGUAGCGCUGAUGAGCCGAGCGUCUCUGGUGAUAAUAUGGGCGGUGACGAGAAAUAUGAGGAGCAAAAGACAGUUACAGUCAGCCAUGUAUUAACCAAUGUCCUAGUGCUGCAAGAGUUUCUCCUUGAGCUAGCAGCGCUGGUCCAGGUUCGGGCGGGCUUGUUUGGGGAGGUGAAGUUUGUAUAG